UCAUAUUGCGCGAUAGUACAAUGUCUGGUUCAGCCAUGAUGUGGUUUUGAAUGAGGAAGAAGCGGGAGAURUUAUUCUUCAACGAGUUUAUUUGAUAUUUUAAGGCACUGUGACGCUAUAUAAACGAGUUAGGCUCUGGCUCAAGAUGAAAUCAACAUUUCCGAUCGCGCUAGCAGGGACUUAUCGCAUUCCYGUUUGUAUUUAAACACUCCUCAGUAAAUUAGCCGCGUAGCUAACUACGCUAGUUAGCAUGCUAGCUGGACGCUGCUAGCUAGCGCACGGUUAGUUGUGUCGGUGCGGGCAGUAAAAAAAAAAGGUAAAAUAGUAUUUAAGAGGAGCGUUGGCCUUCAAAAACAGCCUUAGCUAAUCUACCUCCGUUGAAUGAAGCGCUUUGGCUUCAUUUGACUUGACAACACAUUACGGACCGAAAACAGCCAUAGCAUUUUGUCUUAAAACCAACUGUUAUUAAAAACUUUUGAGCCAUGCUGAGUAAACUCUAUGAGUUCAUAGAGACAACUUUUGCCAACAAUCGCAACGGUGAACCUGCUGCGGAGGGCUCGCAUGGACAUCCAACACCCAGACAGGCUUUACUGAAAAGGAAAAGACCUAUUGAAUGUUCGGGGGAUGAUCAUAACAUCCAUCAAGAUGAUAUUGCCAUUAAGAAAUCACGAAUAGGGGACCUAAUUGGUGGCGUUAAGAGUGCAGCUGAAGGGGUUAGACAAAACAGCAUCAAAGCAGUUACAUGGAUGAAGGAAAGUGUCGGCCCGACUUGGAGAAAUAUUCUGCCUACAUCCCCUGAUUCCCCUCCUGGAGAGCCACAGCCAUCAACAUCAGCAGCAGUCGGGACAGGGAGACAAAUUGUCGACAGAAAUUCUUCGUAUGAAACGUUUGCUGCUCCUUCAACAACUUUGGACUGGAAAACACUCAAAUCAGAGUCGUUACACAACGAGAAGUUUGUGAUUGGAUCAAAAGUUUGUAGGAGACAAGCUUGUAUGAGUUCUACACAUUGUGAGGUGCCAAAAACAAAUGGACACUCUUUCAACAUCCCCUCCAUCACUUCCAAAGUCCAGUCCCCCCCACGAUUAGGCAGGCCCUUAAUCCCUCAACCACAUGGAACUUCAAGUAGUUUGCCCGGUGGAGUUGAAACAACGAACACCGUCUGCACCAACAUGUACAGGAAGUCCUUUCCCAUCAAACUAACGCAGAGCCCAAAACAUGGCACCAUGUCAAGCCGUUUACACAAGGACAGGCCCUACCUCACAGCGGAAGAGUGUAUUUGCAUGGAGGAAAAGGAAAUCUACCGUCAGCUUCUGGCUCUGACUUCCGAUGGUCAGUCAUCUUCCCAUCACAACGGCAGCUGGCACACCGUUGGGAUGUCACAAAGAGAUUACAGCAGCAGCUUCCUCACCAGCCGCAGACAAUUGCAGGUCUCUUCCCCAGCUGGGUCAGCAGCAGGAGGAACCUCAGAGGGACCCAGCAGCCCCCUCAGUCCCAGGGAUAUAUCAAGUCAGUCCUCCAGUAACCUUCCCAGCCCAGUGGGAGCCUCCAGCAAGCCAGAGACCCAGACGUGGUCUCGYGAUGCAGAUCUUGUUUCCAGUAGGGCAGCUGCUCUCACAUCYGCUUUCUCCCCGUCAGUUCUACAAGACGGGACCUCUCAGGACUCACAGUCAUCAGCUCAAGAUGGUGACUCUGUAAUUAUUGUAAAUGAUCAAAAAGGCAAAAAGCAGGACAGCUCAAGUUUAUCGUGGUUGGAACCUGAAAGAUGGAUCAAAGAACUGAGUAGCAGGUAUGAUUCUCGGGCAAGAGAAAGACGGAGACUAAUAGAAGAACAGGAAGCCAUUACCGCUCAGCUGCUUAAACAGCGCUUGUUUGAGAUACAUCGAAGCCCAGAUGUGGAGGUCCAUGUUCGAGUUCCAUUGGAAAAGGAGGUUCCUUUGACUCCUCUUGUGAUAGAAGAACCAAAGCUUUUAGAGGAGAAACCAGAAUUUCCUGAACUUACAGAGGAAAUGGAGGCUGAGGUGGACAGGGUGCUGAUGAGAGGGGGAAGUCCUCAUGAAGUCCUAAGUGAAGGUUUUGGUCUCAGUCUUACACGUAAAGACUUCCAAACUCUCAGCAACCUGAACUGGCUCAACGACGAGGUCAUCAAUUUCUAUAUGAAUCUGCUGGUUGAACGCAGCAAAGACCCCAACAUGCCAUCAGUGAACACGUUCAACACAUUCUUCUACCCUAAGCUGCGCAGCAGCGGCUACUCUGCUGUUCGCCGCUGGACCAAAAGGAUGGAUAUCUUUGCGAAAGACCUCCUGUUGGUUCCUGUUCACUUGGGGAUGCACUGGUGCCUCUCUGUAGUGGAUUUCCGCAAAAAGUAUGUCACAUACUUUGACUCAAUGGGAGGUAGAAACGAUGACGCCUGCCGAUUGUUGUUCAACUACCUGAAACAGGAAAGCUUGGACAAAAAAGGCAAGGAACUGGAUACCUCAGGGUGGACCCUGCACAGUAAAAAGCCCAGUGAAAUCCCGCAGCAGAUGAAUGGUAGCGACUGUGGAAUGUUCACAUGCAAAUAUGCAGACUACAUAACCAGAGACAAGCGAAUCACCUUCACACAGAAACACAUGCCCUACUUUAGAAGAAGGAUGGUUUGGGAGAUUCUGAAGCACACAUUAUUGUGAUGCUGAGACUUUUUACAAUCACCCUACAGCUCCUAAAGACUGAGCCACCAUCUUUAGGUGGACCCACCGACAGUCCUUGUUUCUGGGCCAGACUCGCACACCAGCUCCUCACACCAGGAACCUGUUUUUUUCUGUUCUCAAGGGACAUUAAAGCCCUGGGCCGUAGUUGACAGAUGGGAUGUUGCUGGAGCACAAAUCACUGCCUCACAGUCCUCUGUUCCAGUUUUUUUUUAUGUUUGAUGCAUCGUCUGGAGCAUCAGUAAAGCAGCUAAAUCACAGCAUUGUUUUGAUUUGCCUAGCCAGAACUGGUUUUGGAUCACAGUUACAUUGACCAACAAGUCAUACUCUGAUCUGUUAUAUUUGUUCUAAAUAUUAAAUUUUUUAUCAAAAGAAGUGGUACAUAGAUGCUCUUGGUAUGGUUCAAAGAGGGAUUACUACAAAUCCAAUUUCACGAGCAGCUUGGCUAAGAUCUGUUUUUUGAUUUGGUGAAAUAUCUUUUUUUUUCUUUUUUCAUGAAAAAGGGCUACUAAUGAUUGCUUACUCAAAAUAAGUAAUCACAUCAUUUUUUGUUAUGACUACAACUGCUGCAGUCUAGACAAUUCCUCAGAGUAUGAUUCAGAUGUAACAGAUCAGUUAUAAUCUUAAACAGCAGGGUAAUAAAAUUGUCAGUAAUUCAUUAUUCUUGAUAAGAUUGUAAAUUAAAGUCUAUUUUAUAUAUUUGUUUUUUCCCCCAGUUUUGUUCAACAGCAAUUUUUUGUGGCAUAUUCAAUAUAUUUUGAAUUUUGUACAUAAUUUAAACCUACAGUGUAAUAAACAUUUUUGUAUGUAUUUACUAUUAAAUCCCGACUGAAGUCUGUUUCAGAAAUAAA